AACUGUUUCCUUGACAACAUAUGGUCUACGUGGCAGAGCCUGGAGGUGUUGCCUCUGACGGACACAUGCUGUGUUUGUGUGAAGAUGAGUUUCACGGGCCCGGCUAUGACGGUUGGCUACACGCGUGUCAGGUGUUAUCAGCACAGUGUCUGUCUGUAGGGGGAAGAUAACUGGAGAGUGAUGUUUCAGAGAGUGAAUCUGCUGUGGAUUUCACCUGCUUUUAGGGCUUAAGAUCAGGCUUUACUUCUCUCCAGAUCUUCCUCAAUGUCUUUUUUUUAUUGCCAUUAUUCAUUGAUUCCCCUCGUGGUCCCUCCUUCUGCACGUUUUUUUACCCUCUGUCUUUAAUUUGGCUCUCCGCCCCCUCUGCUCUCCUCUCAUCUGUUCUCAGUUAGAAGAUGCAGACACUUUGAAUGAUGUUAAAGGCAGAGCUCUCUGUCCAGUGCAGUGGUCAGGACAUGACCUGACCCGGUUAGCAUGAUGAACUUGGAGGGACUAGAGAUGAUUGCUGUCCUGGUUGUGAUUGUUGUCUUUGUUAAGGUUCUGGAGCAGUUUGGACUUUUAGAAGCAAGCUAUGAUGAUAGUGUUGAGGAUGAACUGGAGCUCUCUGCUGUACGGCAUCGACCAGAAGCUUUGGAGCUGUUGGAGGCUCAAACGCGUUUCUCACGCAAAGAGCUUCAAAUCCUCUACCGGGGCUUCAAGAAUGAAUGCCCCAGUGGUGUGGUCAAUGAAGACACAUUUAAGGAAAUUUACUCUCAGUUCUUUCCACAGGGAGAUGCAUCAACGUAUGCACAUUUUCUGUUCGAUGCAUUCGACACCGACCACAAUGGCUCUGUCAGUUUUGAGGAUUUUGUCAUGGGUCUUUCCAUUCUCUUACGAGGCACCGUUCAAGAGAAGCUUAACUGGGCAUUUAACCUGUACGAUAUUAAUAAAGAUGGAUAUAUAACAAAAGAGGAAAUGUUAGAUAUCAUAAAGUCUAUCUAUGACAUGAUGGGAAGAUGCACAUAUCCCACACUUAAAGAGGAAACUCCACGACAGCAUGUGGAGAUAUUUUUCCAGAAAAUGGACAAAAACAGGGAUGGAGUGGUCACUAUAGAUGAAUUUAUAGACUGCUGUCAAAAUGAUGAGAACAUCAUGAGAUCAAUGCAGCUUUUUGAGAACGUCAUUUAACGUCUGAAUGGACUCUGUUGGCGGGCCAGCUUAUAUAACCACCUUUAUACUCCACAAACUCCGAAGUCCUCGAUGAGACACAAGUCUGAUUACUAACAGUGAUUCACCCAUAAACCAAAAUUAACAGCAUUUUUAAUAUCAAAGAAAAAUUAUUUUUUACAUUUUUGUCGUAUCCUUUUCCUGUAAAAAAAACACAAAAAUUAUACCUUCAUUUAGAGUACAGCAAUUUAUGAAAAGCCUGUUUCCACCAUGGAAAAAAAUUUAAAAGGUAAUU